AUGGCGCUGCCCCGCUUCCCCCCCAUCCUGGACCUGAGCCACAACAACCUGACCCGCCUGCGGGCCGACUGGACCCCCGCCCGCCUGGCCCACCUCCACUCCCUGCUGCUCUGCCACAAUGCCCUGGGCUUCGUCUCCACGGAGGCCUUUGGCCACGUCCCGCACCUGCGCUACCUGGACCUCUCCUCCAACAGCCUGCGGGCGCUGGAGGAGAACCUCUUCAGCCAGCUGCAGGAGCUGGAGGUGCUGCUGCUCUACAACAACCAGAUCGCGCAGCUGGACCGCAGCGCCUUCGAUGACAUGGCCAAGCUACAGAAGCUCUACCUGAGCCAAAACCAGAUCUCCCGCUUCCCCGUGGAGCUGGUGAAGGACCGGGCCAAGCUGCCCGACCUGGCCCUGUUGGACCUUUCGGCCAACAAGCUCAAGGUCCUGCCGGUGGCAACCCUGAAAAGCCUCCCGGCGUGGAUUAAAAAUGGCCUCUACCUGCACAGCAACCCGCUGAGCUGUGACUGCGGGCUGUACGAGCUCUUUGCCCACUGGCACGCCCGCCAGCUCAGCUCCGUGGUGGACUUCCGGGAGGAGCUGGUGUGCAGCCUGCCGCAGGGCAAGCGCAGCGUCAGCAUCCUCACCCUCAACAGCCAGGACUCCCUCAACUGCAGCGAGUUCAAGGAGCACGUGCUGGAGGCCUACCUGGGGGACACCGUGACCAUCGACUGCGACACCAGGCUCCGGGGGGCGGCUGCCAGGGAGUGGGUGACGCCAAACAACAGGCGUGUCCCGGAGGAGGCCGCCAACAGCACUGUGACGGUGCUGGGCAACGGCAGCCUGCAGAUCCGCCCUGUGCGGGUGGAGGACACGGGCGUCUACACCUGCUACGCAGCGAGCCAGGCCUUCAACGAGACUCUCUACGUGGACGUGAAGGUCUACAACUGCACCCAGCACGGGUCUCACGACACGCUGAACACGGCCUACACCACGCUGGUGGGCUGCAUUCUCAGCGUCAUCCUGGUGCUCAUCUACCUGUACCUGACGCCCUGCCGCUGCUGGUGCCGGGGCAACGAGAAGCCAGCCGCCCAGCUAGAGGACAGCAUCAACUCCUCCAUGCUCAGCACCCCGCCCAACCACGACCCUGAAGUGGCCGGCCACAAGGGAAGCCUGAGUCACCUUGCAGCUCCUGGCCCCAUGCAAGGCCAAAACGGCAAGGUCCAACCCAGCCGCUCGCCAGGGCAGCCCGCCAGGAGGGCCCCGAAGGGCCCCAGGAAAAUGUCAGAUCCGGACUCCGUCAGCUCGGUCUUCUCGGACACGCCCAUCGUGGUGUAGGCGUACGGCAGACCCAGGCAGGCGUGUCGAGGCAAGGGAGGGACCCUGCCACUGGGGCUGGGCCCAGCAGGGGGUGAUAGAGCUCCAUGCACAUGGCGCAGUGCCACGGCCAGGCACUGCCUCCUGCUACGCAGCACCCAUCCUGCUAUCACCCCAGUGAACGUUGUACUCCCGUCCGCCAGCUCCUCGCAGCCGUCCAGCCCUCGGAGCAGAGCUACAGCUGCACCUUCCUCCAGCCAGCGCUCUGCAGGGUCCCGCUGAGAAAGGAAGCCCACAGCCGGGAUGGGGUGCCCGUGCACAGCCAUGCUGCAAUGCCAGAGCAGUUCUUCCUUCCUCCUCCAAGGCCACCCCAGGGCUGCUUUCGGCUCCUUGGCACAACCCCGUGCUCGGCUCGGAGUUAUCCCAGCACAACGACCUUGGGCUGGAUCUGCAGUUUGAAGGUCACCUUCUGCUUUCCUAGCUUGGCAUCUGUGGGGACCAGCAUGUGGGAGCAGGGGCUGUCUCCUGCCAAGGAGACUAAUGCAGCCCAAGGAUUUUCAGCGACCUGAGGUUGAAAGCGGGACGUGGUCGCCCCUCGGGCCUGGGAAUGGCACGGCACUCGGGACAUGAUGGGGCACGAUCAAGCCCAGCUGGUCCCCCGUGAGCUCUGCCUGACGGCGUAAUGAUCAGAUUCCGGGUCUUAAUUACAAUGAUACAUCAAGGCACAAGCUGGGUUUCUGAGACAGCUAUUCAGCCCUGCAGUGGGCUGUACAUGGCUGCUGGGGAGACGUGCAAGGCAGGCACCCAGGGGCCCUGCUCACAGAGCUGCAUGCCCCAGGGCUUCCCUGGGAAGGGGGACUGGGGAUGGAGUCUGCAGAAGGCAGCUGGCAGGAGCCCUGCCAGGAAGGGGUGA